AUGCAGUUGAAAAGUGAUCUAAUUACAAUCAAGAAAGGAUCUGAUUCUAUGCAUUCUCACUUCAAUAAGUCUCGAUCUAUUGCCUUUCAACUUUCUCAGAUUGAUCGUCCACUUCCAAAUGAAGAUCUUGAUUUUCACAUUCUUCAAGGCCUACAUGCAGUAUUCUACGCUUUCAAGACCUUCGUUAACACUCGACAGUUGAAAAAUCUCAAUCAUAUUACUUCAUCUGAUCUUUUAGGGCCUCUCUUAUCUGAAGAAGCACGAAUUAUUGCUGAAUCACAAGAAAUUUUUCACCUAAUUCCUCAUAUUCAAAUUGGUCACCCAAUCCUUCUCGUAGUGGUGAAUAUUCUCGAUCCUAUUUUGGUGGAUGAGCACAUAACUUUACAAGAGGAGGACAAUUUCAUUCAGUUGGAAGAUCUAAUUUUGGAGGAAGAUAUCCUUCUAAUGGAAGAUUUCAGUCUGGAGGCCGAUCUAAUAAAAGGUUUGGUAGAGGAUUUGGUUGCUCACAAAGAACUUCUCAGUGGACCUGUUAAGAAUGGACUUUAUGAUAUUCAGUCAUCAUCUGCUCAUCUCAAGCAAACAUUCUCCACCUCUUCCAGUUCAGUUGAUUGGCAUAAGAAGUUAGGUCAUCCAGCAUUCAAGACUCUCAAGCAUGGUUUAUCAUAUGUGACUGAUAUUAUAGAAGAUCAUCUUUCUAGUUAUAUUUGUGGUAAUUGUCAAGUUUCUAAAGUCAAACUGGGAGGGGAAUAUAGGAAUGUGUCUUCUUAUAUAGAUUCUUGUGGAAUAGGUCAUAGAGUCUCAUGUCCACAUGUUAAUCAACAAAAUGGCAAAGCAGAAAAGAAGCAUAGGCAUAUUAUUGAAACUGGUCUUGCUCUCCUCUCACAUGGUUCUCUUCUAUUUUCUUAUUGUUCAUAUGCCUUUGAGACGGAGCCAAGGUCAGUCAAGUGCAUGUUUUUGGGUUCUAAUGUUAUGCACAAGGGUUACAGAUGUUUAAACCCUUUGACAAAUAAACUUAUCAUUUUUAGGCAUGUUAUUUUUGCUGAGACUGAAUUUCCUUAUCCUUCACUAUUUAAUACUCAUUCUUCAGUACCUCACUCUACUCAAGAUGCUACUUUGUCUACCAUGUCAGUUUCUUCAAUAAUUUCAAAUGAUCCCGAUGCUUCAUCUAACAUGCCGUCAUCUACAUUUGUUUCUGACUCUCAAGAUCAGUUUGCUUCAAAUACUUCUCUAGUUCGGCCAGUUCAGAUUGCUACAAAUACUUCUCUAGUUCAGCCAGUUCAGAAUGCUCAUCCUAUGCACACAAGAGGCAAAAGUGAUAUUCCCAAACCUGAAGUUUUUGCACCUGAUGUUCAGUCUGUGAAUGAAGAUAUUACAGUUCCCACUUCUUUUACUGCAUCCAAUAAGAUUCAUGUCUGGGAAAUCUCUAUGUGCAAAGAAAUAAAUUCCUUAUUGCAGAAUGGAACAUGGAUUCUUGUUGCUCAUGAUCCUUCUCAGAAUAUUGUAUGA